AUGAAGCCGUCUGCAGACGUGCUUGAGAUAAUUGCCUGCGCUGUUCUCAUCCUCGUGAGUUUCGUAGGAAACAUAAGUUUAUUUUACUCCACAAGUAAGUGCAUCACCGGGGGCCUGCAGACAUCUUUUCUCCUCAUUAUCAGCCUGGUGUUUGUCCACCUUAUUAAAAACCUGGUGGUGAAUAUCCUCAAGAUUGUUUACUCUUCCGGUGUCUUGCUGGACUCCGUUGGCUGCAAAGCUCUGCACUUCACUGCAGCCCUGACAACUUCCCUGACCAUCUGGUUCAUGUUACACUUCGCCUUGUUCUACCACCAUAAGCUUUACCGAAUUGUCUACCCCUUGAGUGGAGCUGCAAACCUGAGCCAACAGAAGUACUCCUUGAAGGGGAUCUGUGCACUCUGGGUGGCUGGUGUGGCAGUGUAUAUCCCAGUGUUGAUAUAUACUAGAAAACCGGAGCACAUCAGUUCUGGAAAUGAUACGGGCUCCCUGUCUACUAAAACAAUUUACAUGGAUUGCUUAACUGGCUUUGCAAAUGAGCAGGUAGAGUUUUACUAUGGGAAAAUAUUUUUAGUUUUGAUUGAUAUCCUUCCUCUAGCCAUCCUAGUGUUUGUCUGUUUCUGGAUGGCUCUCCUCCUUCUAGAGAAGAAGAAGAUGACAUAUGGCGACAUCUGGAUAGGAGACGAUGACUCAGAAACCGAGGUCCUCCGAGGGGCCAAGUUCAGUAUCUUGUUAAUGUUGCUCAUCACGCCCCUUUGGGUUGCUCACUUUAUCUUAGUCUAUUUUUUGAAGGACUUGGCAGCCUGUGUCUUUAUUCCAGCUGUUCUCACAGCCCUCUCCUCUGGCUUCUCUGCUCUCAGUCCUUUCCUGCUUAUGUUGGUUAAUUACAAAAUGAAGCUGGUGUCCUUCUGUAAAGCCCAAAAGGAAAAAUCCACACCACAGCCCGCAGAUGUCAUUCUGUCUCCAUAUGCUUAA